GAUUCUGACGUAGCCCUUCCUCCGGCCUCAUGUGCCCCCGCUGGGUCUCCCCGGCCUCCGUCCCGCAUGGCUAAGCCUCGCUCACCCCGAGCCUCACUUUUUCUCAUCUGGUGAAUGGGCACUCAGGCGGCUCGGGCUCCCGGGAGCAACGGAAGUGGCUGUGAGCCAGGUCCUCCCCCCCGCCCCGGGGGCCUGGGGACACUGCGAACUCGGAUGCCAGCCUCGGAUGCCAGCCGUCUUUGCCUUGACGGUUUCUGACUUCAGCAGGCAGCUCAGACAGGAAGAGACUCAGAGGACAGAGGGGGGAUCAGAACUGGGAUGGGGGACGCUCCAGGGAGAGGGGGAGCCCAGAGGAGGCGUCUGCACAAGCAAGGACGGGCUGAGAAGUAUGAACUGAGAGCAGAAGGCCCCACCAGCAUGGGCAGUCUCGCCUACGGAGAGGACUUGGAGGAGGAGAAGAACUCAGCGUUCACCUGGGAGGUAAAAGCGAACAGCAGGGCCUUCAACAGCCAGUUCAAGACGAGCUUCCUGUGCUGGCAGAGGCAGAAAUACAAGAGCAACGUCAUCCGCACGGCCAAGUACAACGCCUUCUCCUUCCUGCCCUUGAGCCUGUACGAGCAGUUCCACCGCGCCUCCAACCUUUACUUCCUUUUUAUCAUCAUUCUCCAGGGCUUCCCCGAGAUCUCCACGCUGCCCUGGUUCACUCUGUUUGCCCCGCUCGUGUGCCUGCUCACCAUCCGGGCCACCCGGGACCUGGUGGAUGACAUCGUGAGGUGGCGAAGGCUGGGUGCGGGCGGGGCCCCCCCCCACAUCUACCACCGCCCCCACCCCCGCAGCUUCCUGUGGAAGAAAUGGGCGAACCUGUGCGUGGGAGACCUGGUCUGUCUGCACAGAGACAACAUCGUCCCGGCCGACCUGCUCUUGCUGGCCAGCACGGAGCCCAGCAGUCUGUGCUACGUGGAGACUGCAGACAUCGAUGGGGAGACCAACUUGAAGUUCAAGCAGGCCCCGCCGGUCACCCACCUCGAGCUGACCAAUAUAAGGAACAUGGCUUCCUUCCAAGGCAAGGUAGUGUGUGAGGAGCCCAACAGCCGGAUGCACCACUUCGUGGGGUGCUUGGAGUGGAAUGGCAGGAAGCACCCCCUGGACAGCGGCAACGUGCUUCUGCGCGGCUGCAGGGUCCGGAACACAGACACCUGCUACGGGAUGGUCAUCUAUGCUGGCUUUGACGCCAAGAUCAUGAAGAACUGUGGCAGGGUCCGUCAGAAGAGAACCAAGAUGGACCGUCUGAUGGACAAGCUGGUGAUGCUGAUCUUCGCGUCCCUGGUGCUGAUCUCCGUGGCACUGAGCUUCGGCUUCUGGUUCAAGGUGAGGGGGUUCAAGGCAAAGCACCACUACGUGUCCUCCAAGCACCUGCACGGCGUGGCCACCGAGACCUUCUUCAUCUUCUGGGGCUUCCUCAUGCUGCUGAGCGUCAUGGUGCCCAUGGCCAUGUUCAUCACGGCGGAACUCAUCUACCUGGGGAACAGCAUCUUCAUCGACUGGGACGUGCAGAUGUACCACGCCCCGCAGGACGAGCCCGCCAAGGCGCGCAGCACCAGCCUCAACGACCAGCUGGGCCAGGUGGAGUACGUCUUCUCGGACAAGACCGGCACCCUCACCCAGAACGUCAUGACCUUCAAGAAAUGCUGCAUCGCGGGCGUCAUCUACGGCCCGGAUGAGGACAAGGAGGAGAGCCCAUGUCAGGAGAACCCUUACCUCUGGAACAAUUUUGCUGAUGGGAAGUUGCUUUACCGAAACUCGAGGCUCCUGUGUGCCGUUCGACACAAUGAGGACAAGGUGGUGCGGGAGUUUUGGCGCCUGCUGGCUAUCUGCCACACCGUGAUGGUGCAGGAGAAGGACAACCAGCUGGUGUACCAGGCCGCAUCCCCCGAUGAGGAGGCGCUGGUCACGGCGGCCCGGAAUUUUGGGUACGUGUUCAUGGCACGCACACAGGACAGCAUCACGGUGAUGGAGCUGGGGGAGGAACGGGUGUACCAGGUCCUGGCCAUGAUGGACUUCAACAGCAUACGCAAACGCAUGUCCGUGCUGGUCCGCAACCCCGAGGGCUCCAUCUACCUUUACACCAAAGGCGCCGACGUGGUCAUCUUUGAGCGCUUGCACAAGAAAGGCAUGAAAGAGUGGACCACAGAGGAGGCCUUGGCUUCCUUUGCUGAGGAGACCCUGCGGACCCUGUGCCUGGCCUACAAGGAGGUGGACGAGGGUGUGUACGAGGAGUGGCGUCAGCGGCACCAGGAGGCCAGCAUCCUCCUGCAGAACCGGGCCCACGCCCUGCACCAGGUGUAUGAGGAGAUGGAGCAGGGCCUCCAGCUGCUGGGAGCCACGGCCAUUGAGGACAGACUCCAGGAUGGCGUCUGUGACACCAUCAAGUGUCUCAAGCAAGGGAACAUCAAAGUGUGGGUACUCACAGGGGAUAAGCAAGAGACAGCAGUGAACAUCGGUUUUGCCUGCCAGCUGCUCUCGGAGAGCAUGGUCAUUCUGGAGGAGAAGGAGAUAGUUCGCAUCCUGGAAGCCUACUGGGAGACCAACAACAAUGUGCAGCGUGGCAAGGGCCAUCGGAAGAACCGGUUCCUGCCACAGGUCAAGGUGGCCAUGGUCAUUAGCGGGGAGUUCCUGGACCAGCUGCUGCUGUCCCUGCGCAAGGAGCCCCGGGCGCUGGUCCACAGCAUGAACGGGGACGGGGACGAGCCCUGGCAGGAGCCGGACGAGCAGAGGAAGGACUUCCUGCGGGCCCGGCGCGUGUCCCUGAUGUGGCGGACCCUGGGGAUCCAGCUGCGGAGCUCGGGCUUGGCGCCGCAGGUCACGAACUCCGGCACCAGCGAAAGCCCCGAGGUGUGGCGGGAGCGGGCCUUCGUGGAGCUGGCUUCCCAGUGCCAGGCGGUCAUCUGCUGCCGGGUGACGCCCAAGCAGAAGGCUCUGAUCGUGGCGCUGGUCAAGAAGUACCAGGGCGCGGUGACCCUGGCCAUCGGGGACGGCGCCAACGAUAUCAACAUGAUCAAGACUGCGGACAUCGGCGUGGGGCUGGCGGGGCAGGAAGGCAUGCAGGCCGUCCAGAACAGCGACUACGCGCUGGCCCAGUUCUGCUUCCUGAAGCGGCUGCUGCUGGUGCACGGGCGCUGGUCUUACAUGCGUGUCUGCAAGUUCCUGCGUCACUUCAUCUACAAGACGGCGGCCAGCAUGAUGGUCCAGGUCUGGUUCGCUUUCUACAGCGGCUUCACUGCCCAGCCUCUGUACGAAGGCUGGUUCCUCGCGUUCUUCAACCUUCUGUACAGCACGCUGCCCGUGCUCUACAUCGGCCUCUUCGAGCAGGACGUGAGUGCGGAGCGGAGCCUGGAGCUGCCCGAGCUGUACACCGCAGGCCAGAGGGACGAGCUCUUCAACUACCGGGUCUUUCUCCAGGCCCUCGGCCACGGCACAAUCACCUCCCUGGUCAACUUCUUCGUGACCCUGUGGGUCAGCCACGACUCGGCCGGGCCCGUCAGCUUCAGCGACUAUCAGUCUUUCGCUGUGGUCGUGGCCAUGUCGGGCCUGCUGUCCAUCACCAUGGAGGUCACGCUCGUCAUCAAGUACUGGACGGUCCUGUCUGUGCUGGCCAUCAUCCUCAGCCUCUGCUUCUACGUGCUGGCAACCUGGGCCACCCAGAGUUUCUGGCUCUUCCGAGUCUCACCCAGCACCUUCCCGUUUCUGUAUGCUGACCACAACGUGCUGUCCCACCCCUCCAUCCUGCUGGUCGUCCUGCUGAAUGUGUCACUAAACACCCUGCCCACACUGGCCCUCCGCGUCAUUUGCCAAGCCCUCAAGAAGGCAGGCCCCGAGCAGGUGGAAGAGGCCCCCAGCGAGGAGAUGAUCACGGUGGAGCCCGGGCCUUACCUGCACCGGGGGUCGCGCGGCCGGCGCUCCAGCUACGCCUUCUCCCACCGCGAGGGCUACGCGGACCUCAUCAUGCAGGGCACCAGCCUGCGGAAGGCACCGGGGGUCCACAGCGACAUGCUGCUUGCCGACGCCAUCCCGUCGGAAGAGGAGCCGACCCCAGGCGUCAGGGCGUCGUUCCGGUCCUCCAGGAAGAUGUCCCUGCUGGGCAGGAGGAGGCAGCCGCGCCAGGCCGAGGUGUCCGCCGAGGAGACGCAGCCCGCCGGCCCGGCCAGCGCGUCGGCCGCCGCGGACAGGCAGCGCGGGUCCGUGGGCCAGUCGCCGCCCAGGAAGCGGGAGAGCGCGCCGCCGCCUUCGGGGGGCCCGGCGCAGCCCUCGGGGCCGCCGUCUCUGAGGGGUCAGCCUGCGCUGCCGGAGGAGAACGGGUCCCCGUGGAAGAUCCCAAUUCUGUCCUGGACGAGCUGGCCCUACAGCUGGCAGAAGCUGCUCCAGCCCCCCGGCGAGGGCCCGGCGCCGCCCCCCGGCCGGAGCCCCCCCGAGGCGGGGCCGACCCCUCCCCCCGCCGCGGGCGAGUCACCCACGGAUGGGCAGCCAGCGCGCGGGGAGCCCUCCCUCUCGGAGAGCCGGCUGUCGCCCACGUAGUGGCUGCCGGUGCCCGGGACCGGCCACCUGCGUGCGGGGCCUUCCCCGGAAGACGAGGCUCCGGGUCCUUCUCUUUUGCUAAUAAACCAGGGUCCACCGUGCCCCCCGGGGCUCCUCCAGGCUCCUCCUUUUCCUCGACGAGUGCGGUCCUCGCUUUAGAGACCCAAACACUGACCUCUCGUGGCCGACGGGGGAUUUGCAGGAAGAGCGCCCGCCCCCAGCCUUUCUUCACCCCGCGGGGGCUCCCGGGGCCCCUCCCAGGGCACUAGGUCAGGUCCAGCUCCAGCCCGCGCCGCCUCGUGCCCCAGGGGGCUGCGCUGCUGGCUCCCCCUCCAAGGAGCUACCUCCCCCUCCCGGCCCCACUCCUCCGCGCCCUGCACCGCCCC